UUUUUAAUAUGUUAGUAAGGGCACUAAGAUCUAUCAAUCUACGGUCGCAGAAAUUCUUUUGCAAUUAGUUUGACUUCGACCCCCUAAAAUUCAUAGAUUGACUGGACUAAAAAUAAUAAAGGAAAAUCCAAAACUACUGUCCCCUCCCCCCAGAGUAAACCCAAUUCUCAGAAAACAAGAUCAACAUGGCGACUACGACGGAAUAAAGCUAGCUCUUGGAAGAAAAACACGACUUCACUCCUCAAUCUCACCGUAGGGUCACGGAAGCCAUUUCGCAGACGAGACGGCCGUUAGACCGCUAACCAAUGAGAGAGCGCCAGAAAUCACCGGGCGCCGAAAAAGUAGACAAAAGAGACAAACGCACACACACCAAAAAUAAUCAACAAACCAAAGCUAAAAAAACAACUCUAACUUUAUUCAAACCGUAGAGAUCAUGGAGAACAACACAUCCACUGCACCUGAUGAGGACCAAAGCAAACUGUUACACAGUAUAUCACAAGAUAUUCCUCCCGAAACCCUAAGGCUUUUUUUUACCAUGGCUCAGGCCAUGAAAGACAAAAGCCCUGAGGAAUGUAAAUCACUAGUGCAUUCAAUACUGGUGGCUAGUCAUGAUCCGUUUGCCACCCCAUCUGCCUCUGCCGACACACUCCCAUUACAAAGCAGGCAUUCAUCAGGCCAGAGACCAGCCGUUAUUGAUGAAUCUGCUGACCCAGAUAAACAGAACAAAAUGCAAGAUGAGCUUUCAAAGAAGAAGCUAGAGAAUCUAGAGAAUGGUCAUGGUGGUGGUGGUGGUAGUAAUGGUGAGGUCAGUGAUGGUGGUGAUGAUAGUAGUGAUGAUAGUGGUGGCGGUGACGAUAGUGGUGGCGGUGACGAUAGUGGUGAUGGUGGUGGUGGCAAUGAUAGUGUUGGUGCUAGUGGUGGUUAUUGUGGUGGUGGUAUUGUUGCAAAUGGUGAUGCUAGUGUUGUUAUUGGUAGUGAUGAAAGUGGUGAUUAUAUUACUGCUGAUGAUGAUAUCGGUGGUGAGGAUGAAGGAAGUAGAGGUGCUAUUGGCAAUACUGACGGUGAUGAUAGUGCUGCUAUUCGCGGUGACAGGGGUGAUUGUAGAGGUGCUACUGCUGUUGCUGUUGGUGAUGAAAGUGUUGCUAUUGGCAGUGAGGAUGGUUACGCUAUUAGUGUUGACAAUGGUGACGCUAUUGGCUGUGACGGUGGUGGUGCUAUUGGCGGUAACCAUGGUGGUACUAUUGGCGGUAACCAUGGUGAUGCUGGUGAUGCUAUUGUUGCUGACGAUGGUGAUGCUGGUGAUGCUAUUGUUGGUGACGAUGGUGAUGAAAGUGUUGCUAUUGGCGGUAACGAUGGUGAUGAAAGUGUUGCUAUUGGCAUUGAGGAUGGUGAUGCUAUUGAAAGUGUUGCUAUUGGCAGCGAGGAUGGUGAUGCUAUUGAAAGUGUUGCUAUUGGCAUUGAGGAUGGUGAUGCUAUUGAAAGUGUUGCUAUUGGCAGCGAGGAUGGUGAUGCUAUUGAAAGUGUUGCUAUUGGCAUUGAGGAUGGUGAUGCUAUUGAAAGUGUUGCUAUUGGCAUUGAGGAUGGUUACGCUAUAAGUGUUGACAAUGGUGGUGCUAUUGGCUGUAACGAUGGUGGUACUAUUGGCGGUAACCAUGGUGAUGCUGGUGAUGCUAUUGUUGCUGACGAUGGUGAUGAAAGUGUUGCUAUUGGCGGUAACGAUGGUGAUGAAAGUGUUGCUAUUGGCGGUAACGAUGGUGAUGAAAGUGUUGCUAUUGGCAGUGAAUAUGAAGGUGGGAAUGAUGGUGAUACUGGUGAUGAUGGUGCAAUCGCUAAGAGUGGCGGUAGUGAUGUUAUUUUGUAUCCACCAAAACCAUCAGCCACCUUUACUUCAUCAUCUUGUAAACCACCUGAAAGUGAGACACAAGAGUUCCAGGAGGAAAAUGCACUUGAAGCUCGAAUAUCUGGAGAAGGGACUCCCAUUUCAAUGUCCAAUCAUUCAGCUUCCUUAUCCUCAUCAGCAGCCUCAUCCUCGUCCUUCCCACCAUGUGGAGUACCUUCAAACACCCCAUUCAGCUCAUCGACACAAAAGCCAGCUAAUGCUCACAGUCUCAAAACCAUGACAAGCUUGAUUGGAACUUCGACUCUAACAUCAGGAGAAAUAGCAGGCGCAGAGCCAUGCACCCUCAACUCAGCCGCUAUAUUGCCAGAUGGCACAAUGCAUAGCGUUAUCGAACAGUACCCUGAUUCACCAGAUCAGUUGUCAGCAUCUCCAACAGUCUACUACCAGCCAAAGGUAAUCAUGCAAGGCGGGAGACCAGUUCUUCUUUUACAUCCGGUUACUCCUGAUCAGAUCAAGAAGCAAGGGGGACAACGUUCCAAAGGGCUGAGUGCAUUUGGGCAUGGGGAAGUUCCCAUCAUGCUUUCCUUACCCUUGGACGAAAAUGGUGAACUCCCCAAUGUGCAAAGUGAUCUUGGCAAUGAAAAGAGAACAAACAUAGCAAAGGAAAGGAAGGGAUUGCAAGAUGACUUUGGUAAUGAGAAGAAAAAAGAUGUAACAGAGAGCAGGGAUGGAAUGCAAAAUGAGACAGUCGUUUUAGAGAGCAGGGAUGAAAUGCAAGAUCAUUUUGAGAUUGGAAAGGAAAGAGAUUUAAUAAUGGAUGGAAUACAGGAUGACGCGGUUCAUGAAAAGCAAAGAGAGUUAUCACGGGAAAGAAAUAAAGUGCAACGUGAGGAUGAUGGGAAGGCGAUAUUUGUUCGGUCCAUGAUGCAUUCAGAAGAAUGCAAAAAUGUUCAUACUUCUGAUGCCUCUGGAAGAGUGGUUAUUGAGUCACGUGACUCAUUGUCCGAAGCAAGGCCACAGCUAAGAAUAAAGUACUCCAAUCCAUUCUCUUCUGAUCCUCCUGGUAAUGAUGACGAGCUAGGGUAUCCUGGUGCCAGACCAAAAACAAGAAAAUACUCAAAUCCGUUUGAGUCAGAUUCCAAUGAAGAUCUACCACGCACAGAUUUCUGUACAAUUCCAAAGUCCAUGCGAGCGUCUGAUAAAGAGGGCGUAGCUAAGGCCAUGAGUGAUGCAGAUGAUGUACAGUUUGACCUAAGGAUGGCAUCCACAUGGUCUUAUGAGGAUCAGUACUUAAGGGAAUGUACACUUGAGGACUUCGUGCAAAAUGAUGAUUCUGAGCCCCCACCGAGCCCUGAACUGCCCUCAAGUCAACCACGUGAGCGAAUCGCUAGCGAUGCCAUGGUAACAUUCUUUGAAGCUCCAAUCGCUGUCGACUUAGACCACGCAGGCUGGACACACACCACAGAAACAACACCAAUCCCAAGCUGUAUCAACGUCACCCUUACAUCAGCAACCCCACUCGCGACAGGUGGGUAUGAUAUGGGAUCCUCAGUGUCAACUGUCAGUAUCCCCACUCCUCUCGUGACGUCCUCCCCGAGUACCUCCCCCACAGUCAGGACGACGCCGAGCCCUUGUACAACCCCCAGCGAACCAACUCUUCCAAGUUCGACGACUACGAAACAAACGCAACAGAACAAGCGUCCUUUGCCAGGCCAGGUUGCUCCGCUGUGGGUCCCGGAUGAACACGUUGACAACUGCGCCCAUUGUUGCCAAAAGUUCACCAUUGUGAGGCGACGUCACCAUUGCAGAGCAUGCGGCCGGAUCUUUUGCAGUAACUGUUGUAAUCAGUUGGCACGUUUGGCAUAUCUGCAAUACAAGAUAUCCCGUAUCUGCGCCCUUUGCACGAUCCAGAUCAGAAACAUAUUGAAGGAACGGAGCUUACGGAAGUCAAGCAGUGCAGGUCCUUCGCCUCCUUUUUCCGCUAUAAACAACAGAUCUCCACCAAUAACCAGCAGCCUGUCAGGUUACAAUCAAAGGCAACCUGGGUCAUCACAAAGUACUGAACGAACAUCUGUGGUGCAGGAGCUCUUCGAUCAGCAAAAAGCCGCUUCAAAACAGCCAAAAGAGCUUUCUAGAACAGGAAAACGGGCAAAUGUUGUUGGUGCUGCACAUUCCCUUCCUGGAGAAUCAAAUACUUACCAGUCACAAGUCCACAGAAACUCAACAGGAAGUACAAGUCAGCAAACCUUGUAUAGCAACCCCCCUCCUGGACAACCCAUCAACGUCCAGUCACAAAUCUAUGGGUUUCCAGGACCGACAGGUAGCACAAGUCAGCAACCUCCAGCUUACACAUCCAGUCAAUCGCUUCCAGGACAAUGUGUCGAGCCACAGUCGCGACUCCAAAAGUACAAGGAACCAGGAAAUUCUUCUAAUGUUAGCAGACACUACAAUCCUGGUUUGACUAGUCAAGAGAUACAAGGAAACUCUAGUAGCAGCGAGAACCUUCCAAGCUACAAUACCAACACCACUAUUCCUUACAAGUCAGGAGCCUCACAGUCUAGUGCUCCAGGAAUGUCUCCCAUGUUGAACACGUCGGAGCCCGAAUCUCUUGCUCUCGCCAACACAAUGAUCUCUGCCACGGAUCAUUCCCUACCUGGUCAUUUUGUAUUUGUGCCUUCCAAACCGAAUAACACCCCCGGCUCCAUGAUUGCCUUCACCGAUCCAGGAACUGGAAGGGUCGUACAGAUCCCUGUUGCAUACAAUCCAGGGCCUACGCAAUCAGUUCCGGGAAAGUUGGAGUCAACUCAGUCCUCUCCCUGGAAUGUGGUAGUUUCGAAUGCGCAGACCUUGGGCGUAGCGACAGAUAACCCACAGACACUGCCAGGAAGAUCUUUAACAGAUGAAUUUCCUGGCUCUGAUAAAGAUAAGCCCUCCAACGUUAAAGCACCUUUACCAAGUUUUACUGUGGACACAACUAAUUUGAAGACUUCUGAAACAAAGUCAGACAUCCAGUCACACCUAUUUUCUAAUCCGACCAAACUGUCUCGUUCUGAUGUUAAUCAAAAGAAGUCUGUUCCAGUGACACCCUCUAAGGUGACCAGCAAACGUCCACCAUCGCCAGGUCAGUUAAAGCUCCCUCUGCGACCCUCGGGACGGAGCGUGACGUGGAGAGGGGGUAGAAUGGAUGGAGUUCUAUGCGACAAGAAAAAGAACAUGGCAAGAGAACUGAAAGAAAAUCCUUUUGGAGUCGCCUUGCAGUUGGAUCCGGACCUACUUGUGUUUGUAAAAAAGGCAGCAAUGCCUGACAGUAGCGGUGUCGCUCAGUCGGUCUGGUGCUAUCGGAGCCAAGGUCUGAUCAAGCAUGGUCAAAAUGAGAUAGUGAUCUUGAUCCAAGUGAAACCUCGUGAGGAGCUCUUCCCCGACAUCGUGCUCAGGGUCUUCAUUGCGAUCUUGAGUUUAACCAAGCAAGGAAACGUUUUCAACCAUGGCAACUACCUAGCGUUCAAUGAUGCAUUCUUCAACUCCAACGUCGCGGUUUUAUUUGUUUCAGAUCAUCUAACGACCAAGCCUGCGGCAAUUGGAGAUUCCCGCUCUCCAUUCCUGUACGGGGUACUCGUGAAGAAGCUUGAGCUGAUGUACGCCAUGUACACGCCUACAAGGCUUCUCUUACGCAUUGGCCAGGAGACCAGACAUUAUCCUUUUCCUGUUGUCAACAAUCGCGAUAGAGCCGCAGUGUAUGACGGGACCGAUCCAGAUGAUGUAUAUUACAAAACGUCAUUAGCAAUGAACAAGUACCUUAAAAACCGAGUUCCAGAGGCUCUUAUUCCAGGCCUCUCUAUCGUGCAGGAUGGUAGCAAACUCCUUUUGCAAGUGCCGACCAAAGCACAAACUACGAUCGUUAGCUUAUUCGACCGGUUAAUCGUGAAGUCGAACCACUCGUCGACCAUCCCCAUCCUGUCCGACGUCAAUGUCCGGAGUGCCGGACACAAGGUGUUUCACCAGGCCGUUCGUACCAAGGAAGUAUUAUUUGCCAAGUCUGUCAGUCUUUUCAUCAACCCUGCUGCUUCACAAGACUGCGUGACAGAGUCAACAGGUCUUGGCUUUGUCAUAUUAUAUCUGGGCGUUGAUGACUCGGGACACAUGAACUUUGGAGGGAAAGUGGUCGAUGAUGGAGCACUGGUGUAUCUUAACAAAACUGCGACUGCAAAAAUCCGUCAAAGUCUGUACGAGCGCUCAAAUUGCUUUUUCCACCUCGGAGACGCCUGCGAAGUUAGCAAUUUUGAGUUGCAGUGGAUUGAGGAUGAAAUCCCGUAUCUCCAGCCAUCAAGCGAAGACUCGCCUGUCACCAACACCACUAAACCGCCGACGUCGGGCACCUUGAACAUUGAUAUCAAGCAUGCUGGGUUCAAGUCGGAGCUGGAUAAACUGACUAAGGCUGUCCAGGUGAAUGUCGGAAACUUGCUAUCCACCAUUGAGGGUCGUAUCCAACGCGCAUGCGUGCAGCCUCUUAUGCAGCAGUCGGAGCGGAUGAAGCCAGGCGAAGUGAUGAAGAUUCAGCUACGAGUGGCAGUCGACUCGGGGUACAAGAAAUGGUCUGUGGGUCCCGGAAAUCAGCCUGUUGCCCUAAUCAGAUCAUUGCAGAUGUCCCUCAGCAGCGUGCGACUACCAGAGCUCUACAACACCAACAUAGGGCUGAGCUUUGACGUCACGCUCACGAAGGAAUGACGUCACGGUAGCUAAUGACGUCUCUUGUUGUCAGUGGUACGGUAGCUAAUGACGUCGAUAGUAGGUGUGGCCAAUUAGCUGUGACGUCACCAUUGAAAAGAAAUGACGUCGUUGUAGCAUUUAACGUCACGGAUAGUGGAUGUGACAAAACUUUCGUAGGGCUGAGCUUUGUCGUCACGCUCAAUAAAAGUGACGUCUUUGUAGCUAUUGGUGUAAUGUUACGUCACGACUAGUGAAUGUGACAAAACUUUCGUAGGGCUGAGCUUUGACGUCACUCUCACUUAAAUGACGUCAUGGUUACUGGGUAACUGGUCGAGGAGACCAUCAGAAGAACCAUGUAUUUUAUGGUGUGACAAAUAAGCUGUGACGUCAUACUUGCAAUAAUAUGAUGUAAUAAUAGCAUCUACUCCACAUGAUGUGGGAAAAUUACUAAGAUAAGAAAUGACGUCAUGACAGCUUUUCUACGUCAUUGGUCUUCCAGGUUUGACCUCUUUUGCUAUGACGACAUGCUCACAUAGCUUUAACAAAACUACAGCUGAUCACUCCCGAAUCACUUCAGCUAAUCACUUGUCACUACCGAAAAAUGUGCUGCUUAGCUUAGACUUCGCGCUUACAAUUAAAUGAUACGUCAUUUUACUUAUUGACAUGGGAUUGACGCAAAUCAGACGUAUUUUUCUAGAAUAGUGAUCAAAGUGGUAUACAAAGUACUUAGCUUUGAAGCACAAACACAAAAAUCAUGUCAGGACAGCAGUUUUCAACAUAAUAGUCAUGCGUAACAACAGGGCUAUUCAUUCGGUGCGAUAUUAGCCUGCGAGCCGGCUCUCCAGUGGGUUAAUUCGGAAAUUUCGGUUUUGGGGGUUUCGGGAUUCCUGUUAGCUCCCCACAGGAUUCCCGAAACCCCGAAAACACACAGGAGAGCCGGCUCGCAGGCUAGUGCGUUAUUGUCAUUCCUAAAGGCUUGUUUCCAUAUGAUCGCACAAGAUAGAGGCUUAUUUGACCGUACGAUCGCAACCCCAUCGCAAAGCGGUUCCCAUAUGAUCGCAGGGUGAGUUUCCAUACAAUCGUACACGAUCGCCUGCGAUCAUGUGCGAUAUUGUGCGAUCAUAUCGAAAACGGUCUUUAGGGGCGACAUUGCCAUCAAUAGGAGAUAUCUCGUGAUUAGCGCGUCCUUUUCACAAAUAAACAGUUUGUAUAACACAA